CAGGACGGUCUUGGCCGUGGAUGUUCCCGCCCGCGAGAGAGAGCAAGUUGUGUGCGCGCCCGGGACCCGGGAGAGAAGGCGGCCGCCGCCCGCCAGCCAUGGACCAUCAUUCUUACUACAGAGGGUGGGAAGUUGAUGCCCAGUAGAACGGAAGACCCAUUCUGUGAAUAGACACAUUACAGCACUGUGGAUUACCUGCGGGCCCCUGGUGGUUUCACACCUUCGCUCACGCCUGAAGUCCCUGAACACUUACUUUGGGUCCUCAUUGCCCUAUCUAGUGAAAGAUGGCAUCCAGCCUGACUUGUGCUGGGGUGAUCUGGGCAUUGCUCUCUUUUCUUUGUGCUGCCACCUCCUGCGUGGGGUUCUUUAUGCCUUACUGGCUCUGGGGAUCACAGCUGGGCAAGGCUGUGUCCUUUGGUACUUUCCGGAGGUGCUCGUAUCCUGUGCAUGAUGAGAGUCGGCAGAUGAUGGUGAUGGUGGAGGAAUGUGGGCGCUAUGCCUCCUUCCAGGGCAUACCCAGCGCAGAGUGGAGGAUCUGUACCAUAGUGACGGGCCUGGGUUGUGGCCUGCUCCUCCUGGUGGCACUCACCGCCCUCAUGGGCUGCUGUGUGUCUGAGCUCAUCUCCAGGACAGUGGGAAGAGUGGCUGGAGGAAUUCAGUUUCUGGGGGGAUUGUUGAUCGGUGCUGGCUGUGCCCUCUAUCCCUUGGGCUGGGACAGUGAGGAAGUCCGGCAGACUUGUGGCUACGUUUCCGGCCAGUUCGACCUGGGUAAGUGUGAAAUCGGCUGGGCCUACUACUGCACGGGAGCAGGUGCAGCAGCUGCCAUGCUGCUGUGCACUUGGCUGGCUUGCUUCUCGGGAAAGAAGCAGAAGCACUACCCGUACUGAGAUGGAGCCACUAAGAGAAAGCAGAGGAGAAGAUGGGCCAACGGGGGCUUGGAGGAGAUGAAGCAUCCAGCUACUUUCAACAGGUGGAAGAGUGGUUUUGAUCCAAUACAGUGCUAACAAAAUAAAACCCAACAGAAUCAGGAACAUUGUAUAAAAAGGAAGAGUUCUGGGAAAUUUGUGAAAGACAUGGAGAGUAUAGAAUGAUGGAGAAAAAAGGACCAAAGGCUAAAAAUAUUGCAGGACAUCGGGUGCUUCUAUUCCACAUAAUAUUGUUAAUGUAUAUCACAUACAGACACAAAACAAAUCUAUAUAUGCAAACAAGGGUUUUGUUUUGUCUUUUUUUAAAAAAAGGUGAACACUCAGAGAAACAAAAGGGCUAGUAGGAACAGUGUUAUGUGGGGAAGCAGGGUACCCUGCAGAUGUUCCCUGUAGGUCACGGCACUCCUGAAAGCACACGAGCACAUCAGACACACGCAUUCACACAUAUGCCCACGCACGGACAUGUAGAUCGUCGCACAGACUGGACGGGAGGUUUAGCAGUGCAUUACUCCUCUGUUUUCUUUUUAAUAUACAUUUAAAAUACAGUGUUAUCACUUCAUAAAGCAUACGUUAAACCUAAUAAAUGGACCAAUAAGCCACUCUAUCAGUAUUUUGUAUACCCUGCAUAAACUCUUUACACCCUCAACAUAUUUUCAGUGUUUAUGCAGACCUUUAGAGUUAAGCCUUUGUAUUUCAACGUUAUUCAAAGAUAUGCAUCAUUUCUCUGAGUAACUUCUGCUAUGAUAUUCUUACAAAGUAAAGGGGCAACUUUCUGUCCACUGUAGGAAAGAAUUCAGUUUAAGAUCUGAGAGUAAUGAGAGACAUUUUCCAGCCAUUAGAUCUUGUUUUCUUUUGUCUAUUAUUGUUCUGUGCUGUACCACAUUUAUUUCAAUAUUCAUUUUGUAAAAAAUUUAA